AUGUCAGCAGUACCUGAUAGUUUUAAGGCACAAAUCAAUCAAGGUGUUCCGGGGUCAGUGAAAGCACGGCCAGAUCCAUUGCCUGCGGGCAAGAAGAUCGCACCAAACAAGAAGAGCCCAUGCAGCUUUGAUACAUCGUUCUCGGAGGCCACAACAGGUGUGACUGUUGCUGGCCGUACUGGGGAUGCUGAGAAAGGAUUCAAGGAGGUAGAAGAAGCACUUUCAAAGGGAGACUACUCCACGGCUAUAAGGGUUCUUUAUUAUCUUAAGUUAUCAACAUUCUAUAAUGAAGAUUCAGCCAACGUAUGGGCAUACGUUGCAUUUGCUUUUGCGCACUUGGGGUUUGCGGAACAUGUGGGUUUUGCUCUUAAAAAGAUGAAAGAACCCGGUUUAGACCAAACAGUUUUGAAGCCUGAAGCCAUGACUGAGCUCAAGAAGAUCAGUAAAUAG